AUGGCAGAGACAUUCCAACGUCGAGCACACUACAAAGAAUGCUGUAUCUAUCAGAUCUACCCUGCUUCCUUCUGCGAUGGUAAUGGAGAUGGGAUGGGCGAUAUCCCAGGAAUCAUUUCAAAAUUGGAUUAUCUGAAAGACUUGGGUUGUGAUGUUAUCUGGCUGUCACCCAUCUAUCAAUCCCCCUUUGUGGACAAUGGGUACGACGUGUCAGACUAUACGGCAAUAGACCCACGAUUCGGGACAUUGGACGAUGUCGACGCACUCAUUGCGGGUCUUCAUGAACGAGGCAUCAAACUCGUCAUGGACCUCAUCAUCAAUCAUACAAGUAAUGAACAUUAUUGGUUCAAGGAAUCGAGGAAAUCAAAAGACAACCCAUACAGAGAUUUCUACUGGUGGCGUCCACCCAAGUGGUCUGAAUCCGGCGAAAGACUUCCACCUAACAAUUGGCGCGAAGAAUUCUCGAACGGAUCAGCAUGGCAAUGGGACGAACAUACGGGAGAGUACUACUUGCACUUGUAUGCCAAAGAGCAGCCUGAUCUCAAUUGGGAGAACCCAAAGCUCCGCCAAGUCAUCUACGAGGACGUCAUGAAGUGGUGGUUGGAUAGAGGUGUGGAUGGAUUCAGGAUGGACGUGAUCAACUUGAUCUCAAAGAAUCCCGAGCUGCCAGACGCGUCGAUUCAGGACGAAGGGGAGACCUGGCAAUGGUCAUAUGAGCACACUGCGAACGGACCACGCAUACACGAGUUCCUGAAGGAGAUGAACAAGGAGGUUUUGUCGCUUUAUCCCGAUAUUAUCACCGUUGGCGAAACGCCCUUCACUCAUCACGACUUUGAUACCCUGGUACCAUAUGUAUUGCCCGAGAACAACGAACUCCAGAUGAUUUUUCAGUUCGAACAGACAGAAGUGGACGGAUAUCCUCCUCUCGUCGUCAAGAAGUAUACUCUUCCCGAAUUCAAGCAAGUCACCUCAAGGUGGCAGACGGGCAUGCAAGAACGCGGAGGCUGGAAUGCAAACUAUCUCGAGAACCACGAUGUCGCUCGAUCAGUCUCUCGUUUUGGAGAUGAUUCGACCCCUGAGAAUCGAGUCUUGACUGCCAAGUUGUUGGCCCUCCUUCAAUGUACACUGAGUGGCACGCUUUACGUGUAUCAAGGCGAGGAGAUCGCCAUGGCCAAUAUUCCCCCGUCAUGGAGCAUAGAAGAGUACAAAGAUGUCGCUUCGCAGGCAUACUACCAUGAGGAGUAUGAGAUACGAAAGAAGGACGGACAGACUCCCGACAUGUCAGAUGUGAUGCACGCUCUGCAGUGUAAAUCUCGCGAUUGCGCUCGUACGCCUAUGCAAUGGAGCGAUUCGACUCAAGCUGGGUUUUCGACCGGAAUACCAUGGAUGAGAGUGAACGAUGAUUAUAGGGAAUGGAAUGUCGAGGCACAGAAGGAUGAUCCAAAGAGUGUCUUGUCAUUCUGGAAGGAUAUGAUCAAGUUCAGGAAACGGUAUUUGAGCAGUACAUACGGUCUGUUUGAAGAGAUACAUCCGGAUCAUCCUCACAUUUACAGCUACACCAAGACCUAUGAUCGGGAAACCAUGCUCGUCAUCAUCAACUUUGCGAAUGAGUCGGUUGAUUUCGAUUUCGGAAAUGUCAAGAUUCCAGCUGGGAAACCAAAGGACCAGAUCUCUAAUCUGGAGUCAGGGUCGGCGGCGUCCGUCGACAAUAAGGUCUCGAUGAGGCCCUACGAGGCGAGGGCAAUGGUUUGGGAUGGACAGUGA